AUGGGGCGCAGCGCAAAGUUCCACAAGAAGCCGCCAAAGAAACCCACCAGCGGCGGUACGGCCACCACCAUCUCUCACCCACCACCCAAGUCUGCUGCAUCGGCGCUGACACCUCAGGAGCAGAAGAAGCGGGUCGGCCUGAAGGCGAAGGCGGGGAAGCGGCGCAAGGACGCGGAGGGCCCUGUCCUCGGAGGCGCGGAUUAUGUCGAUCUGAUGUUGGGCGGGAGGCGGAAGGCGAUGGUGGAGGCGACUAGGCUCCCUCAGGAAGAUUAG